UAAACGGAAGCCUAUUAUUUUCCAAUCCCAUCAUCUUCUCUCUCUCUCUGUCUUGUCGAGUCCUUUCCCUUUCCCUAACCCCAACACCACUUCGAGAGGAAAAGAUAAAAAUAAAUCUGAAUGCCUAUGUGCAAAUCCAAGACGGCCAUCGACGCUGCCCUUCCUACCUCUACCCCUCGCACUUCCCGCACCUCCCUCACCGGCCUCCGCCACUCCCUCCCCGAGAACCCCCACAUCUAUGACUACUCUGAGCUCUGCUCCGCCACCAACUUCCUCUCCAAAACCUACACCUCCGCCUCCUCCACCCGCUCCUGGCGCUGCACUCUCCGCGGCAAAGAUGUCCUCGUUUUCCAGCGCAAGUUCCGCCGCAGCAUCGACAUGCCCCGCCUCAGACAACUCCUUUCCCUUAUUUUCCAAAGCCACCACGUCAGCAUAAUUAAGCUCCUCGGCGCUUCCGUCUCCGGCGAACACAUUUUUCUCGUCUACGACUUCGUCGACGGCGCCAACCUCUCCGACUGUCUGCGAAAUCCCAGGAACCGGAGUUUCACCGUGCUCUCCACCUGGAUUUCCAGAAUGCAGAUCGCCACGGAUUUGGCGCACGGCCUCGAUUACAUUCACCACAAAACGGGGCUCAACAUGAGACUAGUCCACAAUCACAUCAAGAGCAGCAGUAUCGUGGUCACCGAGCCUUCUUUCAACGCCAAGAUUUGCCAUUUCGGUGCCGCACAACUCUGCGGCGAGAUCGAUGAGGACCAAGGUCAAGAAGACCGCGCUACGGGUUCGAGUGCGAGUUACAAGGGCGAAAUCCAGGAGGUCUCAGAGGAAGAGGAUUUGAAAAAAAAGUCGUCUUCGAAAUCGAAGCGAUCAGACAGUCGAAAGCUGCAAUUUGAAGGCGUGAGGGGGUACAUGUCACCGGAAUUCCAAUCCACCGGUAUAGCGACGCAAAAAUCGGAUGUGUACGCGUUUGGGAUCGUAAUCUUGGAGCUGCUGACGGGAGAGGAGCCUUACAAGUUCAAAUAUGACAAGGGUGAUUACGUGAGGACGUCGGUAAUAGACACGGCGAGAAUGGCAAUCGAAGGUGGCGGCGACGGCGACGAUGGGAAAGAUAUGGAGGGGAGGUUGAGACGGUGGGUGGAUAGCAAAUUGAGGGACUCGUUCCCGGUGGAGGCGGUGGAGAAGUUGACACGUCUAGCGCUGGAUUGCGUACACGUGGAUCCAGAUGAGCGGCCCAACAUGGGACGCGUGGCGGGGAAGAUCUCCAAGCUUUAUUUGGAUUCUAGGAUUUGGUCCGACAGUGUCCAAAUGCCUACCAAUAUUUCUGUCUCUUUGGCACCUAGAUAGGGACUUUGGCCAAUUAUUCCACGCCUUGGAGUGUGAGGAUCCAAAAAAAAUAAGGAAAAAAAAAAUGUCCGCCAAAGAACUAAUUCAAAUAAUCUCAAUGACAACGUCGUAAAACCAUAAUUCUGUAGUCAAAUCCUUUAUUAUUUAACAAGUUUUGGAUGGGACACUGCGUCUGUCUUUGUUCCCGGAAAA